AAAAAUUAUUUCAUUAUAGAUAAGAGAGAAUUGUAUCCGAAUGUUUAGUAUAUUUUAGUAAUUAAAGAACGCCAUAGAUCGAUCAGUUUUUAAAAAUUAAUAUUUUUUCUAAUUAAUACUUUUAUAUUCAAAUUUUAAAUCUUUAUUUUAUAGUUAAAAAUUUGUUAUUAAAAAAAUGCUUUCCAAAAGACGUAUUUUAGAUCUAUUACAAGUUAUUUCUUCUCAAUCAUGUAAAUGUCCAUUUUAUGCAAAUCCAGGAAAUACAACUAUAUUUAUCUUUUAUGAAUUAAAAAAAAAUCAAAGCACAGUGACUAAUGCCAUACUAACAAAAGAAUAUGCAUUUGAGAUAACUUCUCCUACACUACGAUAUGGUAUUGAUGUUACAAGAGAAUUGGGUAUGGAUAUGCAAAAUUUUGGUUCUAAAAAUGUAUGUUUAAUAACAGAUUCUAAUUUAGUAAAUUUAUCACCUGUUAAAAUUGCUAUGAACAGUCUUAUUAAAUAUAAAAAUCAAACUACAGUUUAUGAUAAUGUACGUAUAGAACCUACAGAACAGAGUUUAAAAGACUGUAUUGAAUUUGUUAAAUUCAAAAAAUUUGAUAGUUUUGUAGCGAUAGGAGGUGGUUCAGUAAUAGAUACUUGUAAGGUAGCAAAUCUUUAUAGUUCUGAUCCACAAGCAGAUUUUUUAGAUUAUGUAAAUAAACCUGUUGGUAAAGAAAAACCAAUUACAGUGAAAUUAAAACCAUUAGUAGCUGUACCAACCACUUUUGGUACUGGUUCAGAAACAAGUGGUAUUUGUAUCUUUAAUUACGAACCACUUAAAGCCAAAAUUGGAAUUAUUAAUAGAGCUUUAAGACCCACUUUGGGUCUUAUUGAUCCAAACCAUACAUUGAGUUUGCCAGAAAGAGUCUGUGCUUAUUCUGGCUUUGAUGUAUUAUGUAAUGCUCUUGAAUCUUUUACUGCAUUACCAUAUACAGAAAGAACUUGUCCUUCCAAUCCAAUUCUUAGACCAACCUACCAAGGUAGCAAUCCUAUUAGUGAUGUAUGGUCAAAAUUUACUCUUCAAAUAAUAUACAAAUAUUUUAAGAGAGCAGUGUAUAAUCAAGAUGAUAUUGAAGCUAGGAGUAACAUGCAUCUUGCAAGUACCAUGGCAGGUGUUGGAUUUAGUAAUGCAGGAGUUCAUCUUUGUCAUGCACUUUCUUAUCCUAUUAGUGGACAUGCAGAAAGUUUUCAACCUACAGAUUAUGACAAGAGUCAUGUUAUAGUGCCACAUGGAUUGUCAGUUGUUAUAACUGCACCUGCUGUAUUUUCCUUUACUGGAAGUGCAUGUCCAGAAAAACAUUUAGAAGCUGCUGAAUUACUUGGUGCUGAUAUUAGUCAAGCUAAAAAAAGUGAUGCUGGCAAAAUAUUAGCAGACAUUAUAAGAAAAUAUAUGCAAAUGAUGAAAAUUGAAAAUGGUUUGACUGAAUUAGGUUUCAAAAAGGAAGAUAUUCCUAUUUUAGUGGAAGGUGCAUUGCGACAAAAACGUCUUACGAAAUUAGCACCACGAAAACAUACAAGAGAAGAUUUAGCUCAAAUAUUUGAAAACUCUUUUAGAAUAUAUUAAGAGAAAAGUAAUUUCUAAAGCAUAUUUUUUUUAAGAAUAUUAUAUAAACUAUUUUUUAAUAUCUAAUUUUUUCUAAAUGAAAUUUUAUUAUCUUUAAUAAAUUUUUAAUCUAUUUUUUAAAUAAAUGUUAUAUUUUUUGAUAAUUAUUAUAUGAACAAAAUAAUUUGAAGUAAUAAAUUAAAAAUUGAGAAUAAAACAUAUUACAUAUUAAGAAUAUGAUUAAAUCAAAAAAAAUAUAUUGACAUCUAGUAUCGAUACAAAUAACCAAUUGAUAGCAUCUAUAAAGUCAUUUUUUUUACCAAAAAAUCCUUAAUAAAGCAUUCAUCAUUACAAGAACGAUGAUAAGGACCUUUGAAUUUAAUGACUUAUAUUUUAUGAUGUAAUCAUUAAUAAAUUCUUAUUUUUAUAAGAUUGUACAUAUUUCAAUAAUUUCAAUUUUGCAAAAUACAAAAUCUAAUUAUUCGUAUCAAGUA